AUGUCUUGGAAUCCUGAGCAGGGAUUUCUCCACGAUCAAAGUUAUCCGAAUAAUUAUUAUAAUCCGGGUAACAAUGAUGGUCAGCAAAAUUAUCCACAACAACAAUUUGAUCAAUCCGGCCAAUACUAUCAGCAUCCGCACCAGCAACAAUCACAAACACCUUAUCCCACACAAUUCGUGCCGCAACCACAAUAUCAGACCACAGGUGGGAAUUUUAUGCCACCACCAAGUUCAGCAGGAUUCUAUAAGCCAAGUGAUUAUAUGAAUCAAAAUUCACAACAAACUAAUCCAACAACUCCUGAUGAGCUGGUUGAUGAGCCACCAUUAUUAGAAGAAUUAGGAAUUAAUUUUGAUCAUAUAUUUAAAAAAACAAAAUCAGUGUUAAAUCCAUUCGCUAAACCUGAUACAUCAAUUUUGGAUGAUAGUGAUUUAGCUGGCCCAUUAGUAUUUUGUUUUGCAUUUGGUUUUAGUCUACUACUAUUAGGUAAAAUACAUUUUGGUUAUGUCUACGGUAUUGUUCUUAUUGGAUGUUUUGCAAUGUAUAGCUUAUUAAAUAUGAUGUCUGAAAAACCUUGUUCAGGAAUUUAUGUUACAAGUGUACUUGGCUAUUGUCUUUUGCCGAUGGUUUUAUUAUCAUUUUCAUCGUUUCUAUUCAAAUUAAAUGGUCCUAUUGGACUUGUUAUCGCAGCAUUUUUUAUAUUAUGGUGUUCACUAUCAGCCUCUAAACUAUUUUCUACUUCACUAUCAAUGAUCGGUCAGCAAGUACUUGUUGCAUAUCCAUGUUGUCUAUUCUACGGUGUUUUUGCUUUAUUAACCAUCUUUUAA